ACGUGGCCAUAUGAGCGUUUUACGUAGAAAGUGACAGUUAGUAGGUUAGUCCGGUUAGUGAUUAGUGACGUUUUACGUUUUAGUGACAGUGACGGUGGGUGACUAAUAAAAUAACUGGUACAUAAAAAAAUCCAGUGCAUAAACAGUACAUUAUUGCAGAUUUUUUUCGAAUUGUGCAAUCGAGUAAAUAAAACGAGCCGCGUAACCUCAAAAAAUUCCAGUUUUAUAAAAACUUCAGUCCACAAUGAGCCAAUUUGCCUCAGCGAUGCCCAGUAGGCAAUUUCUUUGGGAUGUAUUUCAAAGGGUUGAUAGGGAUAGAAGUGGAUUCAUUAAUGCCGACGAACUUGGGUCCGCCCUUUCUAACGGAACCUGGAGUCCCUUUAAUCCAGAAACUGUCAGACUGAUGAUUGGUAUGUUCGAUAGAAACAAUAGAGGCCAGGUCAGUUUUGAGGAUUUCGGAGCUCUUUGGAAGUAUGUCACAGACUGGCAAAACUGCUUCAGAUCUUUCGAUAGGGAUAACUCAGGCAACAUAGAUAAAGAAGAAUUGAAAACGGCACUUGUGUCAUUCGGUUAUAGACUCUCUGAUAGUUUAAUUAAUAUUCUUCUUAGGAAGUUUGAUAGACAUGGUCACGGGACAAUACUGUUUGAUGAUUUUAUUCAAUGUUGCAUUGUAUUAUAUACACUCACAUCCUCCUUCCGCCAGUACGACACUGAUCAAGACGGCUACAUCACAAUCCACUACGAGCAGUUCUUAACUAUGGUAUUCAGUUUAAAAGUUUAGUACGCUUUCAAUCAGCUUUUUAGUCAAAGUUUACGAAAGAGACAAUGAUCAUGAAACAAAUAAUGUGUCGCAAAUGAACUCAAUACAACUUUUUGUAUAUACAAACACAUUUCCAAAUAACUUCUACAACUUAGGAUAACUUAUUCUUAAACAUUUACACCAAACUCUGCCCGGAAUUUGAAAUAUCUGUACUAAUAUUGUUUUGGAAAUCUUUCAAAGAACGGAUUAGUAGAUAGUACCCUAACUCAUCAUCGUCAUUGAUGAAAGAUCGGUUGGUGAUUUUUAAGUGUCAUAGAGAAAGAACAGUAUUCAAAAAAGUACAAAAUAAUUGCCAAAUUUUAGCUAGCUACCUGUUUAUACAGAUUUUAUCGUCAAUAAUUUUAUAGCUCAAUUUUGUACCGUAGGGUAAAUAUUAACAUACAAAAAAACUUAAAAUAAAAAUAGAUUAAAAAGACAUGUGCACCCGCUUAACAACACAACAAAGCGAAGCACAACAGGGCGUUUACAGAUCCUAACACCACUCACAGAUGGAGAAGUCACACCUUGAAGAGGUAAACAGCAUAAACGAGGUUUUCUUUACUUGUGAAAAUCUUAAUGGCACACUUGGUCAAUUUGAUGAGUUGAUAUUCGUUUGGUCAUCAGAAAUAAUACCAAGGCAUCAGUAAAACUUGGUUUUAAUAAAUAAUGCUACUAAAAAACCUGUAAGGGUAAGAAACCGGUUCAAAUACUCCUCCCUGCAGCAUUUCUGCUUCAAUUCUCCUUCUGCUUUUAGAGUUAAAUCCGUUUUUCCGUUGUACUUGGAACAUAAUCAUUAUAUGAUCUUUAUAUGAUGUAUGUGUAUAUAUUUUUCAAUUCUUGCGGUUGAAGAUGUCUCUCUUUUCAAGUACUUUUUUUCACAUGUUUUUCACUUUAUCCUUAUUGCUCAAACAUUAACCUUAUUAUAUAAAGUAUUGCCAAAGCUCCAAUUUUAACAAAUAACUACAGUAUUCUGAGAUAACCUAAGAUGUAUGCCAUAAGUUCGAGAAAGAACAAUAACAUCCGGCUCGAAAGACCAAUGUAUAAAAGAGAAGGGGAUUGCGAAUUGCGACAAACUUCGUCAUAAUCCUGUUUACUGUUUUAAUCUUGCUCCGGGAUAUUUAAAUUUCUCAACUCCGUUGAUGAGUUGCUGUUUAUUUUCAAUUGUUCUUUUAUAUGUGACUGCUGCUCUAAUCCUCUCACGAUUUAUUAAUAUUGUUCACUGUAUGUAUUGAGUAAAUUUUAUUAAUUAUUUAACUAGUUAAUCUUGUUUUUAACGAUCUUUGUGUUUGAAUUACAAUGAUUUAUAUACAGUGGUAUUAAAAUAUUGGAUUCAUUUGGAUUACAAUAAUUUAUAUACAGUGGUAUUAAAAUACAUCUAGAAUAGAUUAAACAACAUGACUUAUAAAUUCUGGGUUCAUUUAGUUAUGAAAUAUGAUCUGAUAGAUUUAAAAACUUAAUUUGUAUUUGAAUUUUUCAUAUAAAAAAUUUAAUGGAAACCUCCCAAAUUUAGCUGAUUUUUAAUCGGGUUUUGCAGAUUUGUAGUCAGGUUUACCAAUUAACGUUUAAUAAAAAAACUUUAUUGUUGAAAAAUGUGUAUAUAGAGAAGAGUCACUAUAUGUAAGGUGCCUUGAUGAAAUAAUAUGAUGUUCCACUAGCAGACCAGUUUUACAAUUGUCUCAUUUUUUCGCGUUUUGCGAAAUUUAGUUUUAGUUUACUUCGUACUGUCAUUUUUUUGGUAGAAAAUAGUUAAUCAUAAAAACAUAUCCGCAAAGAUUUGUGGAAAAAAUGUGAGUCAGAUCAAUGAAGAGAUUGCCAAUUUUAACGUGAGAAAUUUAAAUAAGAUAAUAACAAAAAAUUAAAUACGUAAUUAAAUAAUGUCAUAUUUUAAAAAUGUUAAAAAUAAAAAAAAACACAUUUAAGUAAGCACUAAAUACUUUUCAAAAAUACUCACCUAUUACACUAUUAAAGAACUUAGUCAAAUGAAGGUCUCGUUUAAUUAUUUUAAUUUUUGGGAUACUAUCUACUGUUCGUUUCUUAUAUACUACAUAUUGUAAUGUAAAUGGUUCUACCUCAACUGAUUACAUCGCUUCUAUAAAAAAAAGUGUUAAGUUAAAAGUGCUACCAAAUCGUUCGGCGAAAAAAACCUUUAUACUACUAAUUUCUUGCUGGAAGUCUGUAUUAAUGUGUAGAAAACAUGGUAAAUGGCAUGAAGCCACCAUCUUGAAAUGGGCGAGCCUAAAUUCUUUAUUAAGAUACAGCAUUUUCUCACGGUAACCUUGCUGCAAAAUACCUCACACUUUACAACAGUUUCUAUUUCAUUAAGUCAGUGUUUGGUCUAUAUUAUCCCUAAAAAGACAUAAUAAGGGGCUAUCCUCGUGUAAAAGUACGAAAUUCAUAUACUUUUAUUUUGGAAAUUUCUAAAAUAAAAAAUACUGUUCCAAUUGUUUUCAAAAUUUGCAUGAGCAUUUAUUAUAAAAAGAAGUAUAUGUAGAACAAUUUUCAUAAAAAAAUGUUGAACAUUAAUCGAUUUAUGCGCCAUCUACAGGCACGGUGAAAAUAAAAAAAAAUGGCUCCACUGCUGCAGUGAUUGGGACUAAUAGAGAUCCUGAAACAUAAAAUUGCAAAGUGAUUAUUGAAAUAUAAGUUAUUUCCUAUAUCAUCAACUAAGAUUUUUGAAAAAUAUUCAAAUUUGGAAAAAUGACGAAGUGUUGAAAAUUUAUUGUGUUAUUUAAGUGUUAUUAAAAUUAGUUAAAACAUUUUCAGUUUCAAAAACCGCCAAAUUGACAUUUUUUAUCCGAUUAAAAAACCUAUAGUUGAUGGUAUAGAAAAUAACUUAUAUUUCAAUAUUAACUUUGAAAUUUCAUGUUUCAGGAUCUCUAUUAGUCCCAAUCAUUGCAGCAGUGGACCUAUGUUUUUAUUUUCACGGUGCCAGUAGAUGGCGCAUAAACCGUUUAAUUUUCAAUAUUUUUUUAUAAAAACUGUUUUAAAUAUACUUCUUUUUAUAAUAAAUGCUCACGCAAAUUUUCAAAACAAUUGGUAUAGUACUUUUUAUUUUAGAAAUUCCCCAAAAAAAGUAUAUGAAUUUCGUACUUUUACACUAGGAUAGCCCCUUAAACUCAUGUGUACGGCGUGAUGCAAGGCACAUACAUUAAUUCCAUGUUGCAAGUCUAUAUUAGUUUUAAGAAAACUUACAUAAAACAUGUAGAUCUUUUAAGGGGGGUGUCCAACAUUUUUAUAGAGAUAGAACAUUUUCUCAUGCCAAACUGAUUGCAAACGCCGUCUGAAUUCUUUAUUGUUACAGUUUUUAAAUAUUUUUUAUUUCAUGGAAUAAUUGUUUUAAUAAGCCUAAAACGCUAUAAAAACGAAUUAGUCCAGGGCGGAUCUGUUUUGAGAUAUACCUUGAGAAGUGACUCUAUUUUUUUGCAGAAAUAGCUUGAAAUUAACCUAUAUAAAAAUAACUGAGUUAUCCUCCCACUCAAAAAGGUCCAGAACAUUGUUUAAAUAAUCAAAAUGUCUAAAAAUGAAGGAAAAAUUCGAUUUUUUCUUCGUUUUUUGAUUAUAACUUUAAGUAUUCACUUCUGAGAAAAGUUGCACUAAAAUAAAAGUUGCGGACAUAAAUUUCCUACAAUAUAAAAUUGGUAAAAAAUUUUUAAAAUUGGUACCCUUGUUGCAGAAUACCAAUAAUUGCGAAAAAAAACAUAAAAAAAAACAAAUAUUCGCAUUUUACGUUUUUCAACCAUUUCUGCUAAACUUGGGACCUUCAUAUUUCACCCAGAAAAACUUUAUGAUAUAUGGUAAAACAAUACUGUAAAUUUAGUUAAGAUCGGUUCAAUAAAUUUUGCAAAAUAAAUUUUUUUUGCGAAUAGAAGAAUACUGUACCUUUCAUUUUCAAUUUGCAAAAUUAAAAUCGGUUAACUACCACGUCAGGAUUUUUUUUAAAUAAACAUUAAUUUUUGGUGCUACGCGCAGGACAGCGAUGUUCGAUUCACACAAGUUGAUUUCCACCAAAAUGUCUUCCAGUCGUUAUCUAAUAUAUUAUUUUCUUACUCUACAUUUUGUUGUAUGUUCAUAUUUUAAUUCCACAAAAAUCAAACUGAUUUUAUUAUUGUUUGUGAAAAAUUGUUUAAACAAUUGCAUAUUAUGUUUAAAAAUAAUACACUUUUAUUUUCUAGGUUAAAAUAUAUGAACAGAGAAAGUUUUUGCUAAAAAAAGUGUUAUUUCAAAGGACAAAGUAUGUGUUUUUAUUUUGCAGUAAACAAAUUUAUUUAUUUCGAAAUGUAAUAAAAAUUAAAAUUUAUCAAUCAUUAUCAAAGGUGAUUGGAAUGCCCAAUCAGAGCGAACUUAUUCGCUGUCCUGCGCGUAGCACCAAAAAUUAAUCUUUAUUUAAAAAAAAUCCUGACGCCGUGGUAGUUUACCGAUUUUAAUUUUGCAAAUUGCAAAUGAAAGCUACAGUAUUCUUUUAUACGCAAAAAAAUUCAACUUGCUGUCUGCUUUAUUUUCAGUGCUACAACAUUUUGAAAAAAUGAAUUCUUUUUGCGAAAGCUGGAUUGCAAAAUUUAUUUUGCAAAAUCUAUUAAACCGAUCUUAAUGAAAUUUACAGUAUUGUUUUACCAUAUAAAGUUUUUCUGUGUUAAAUAUGAAGGUCGUAAGUGUAGGAUAAAUGGUUGAAAAACGUAAAAUGCGAAUACUUGUUUUUUAUGGUUUUUUUCGAAAUUAUUGCUAUUUUGCAACAAGUGUGACAAUUUUUAAAAUUUUCAGUUAAUCGUAUAUUGUAGGAAAUUUAAUUACGCAACUUUUAUGUCGGUGCAACUUUUCUCGAAAAUGAAUACUUUUAAAGUUAUAAUCAAAAAACCAAGAAAAAAAUCGAAUUUUUCCUUCAUUUCUUGAGAUUUUGAUUAUUUAAACAAUGUUCCGGACGUUUUUGAGUGGGAGGAUAACUCAAAUAUUAUUAUAUGAGUUAUUUUCAAGCAAUUUCUGCAAAAAAAUAUGAGUCACCUCUCAACAUCCCAAUGUACUAAUAUUUUUACAGAUGCGCCCUGAUCUAAGUAUAUUUGAUUUGGUAGCACUUUUUUGUUUCGUUAUGUGAUAUGUUUCAUAAAUCUGUCAUACAGCAUUUACACAUAAUCUGUGAUUUAAUGAUGCUGUUAGAUCUUAACCUAAAAAAUAUGUUGUUACUCUUUGUCACCUAAAUUGUAUGUUGUUUUCUCUGUUCCUUAGGUUUAAGUUUACUCUCUAAAGUUAUAUUUUGUAAUAAUUGAUAUAAAGACAUUUUUUUGCAACCUUUUAUUGUCUCAUACCGUAUUAUGAUUUAUCUCAUGCUUGUACUUUGGAGUAUAAAUUAUCAGAAAACUGUUGAAAACUCGAUUCUUGAAUUUCAGAAUCCGAACUAUGUGAAUUUAUCUUUAUAAUUUGAAGAACUAUUCUGAUUUUUUGUAAUAUUUGAUAUUGAUGUUGACUAGUAUGUAUAAUUUCUAUCUUUUAUAAUAUGUAUUUUUGGAUCUAAGCUUUUAAUAAUAAUAUAUAUGUUCAAGAGAU